CAGUAGCUUUGGUUCACUGCUGCAUUCUCAUGGUGCAGGGCGGACCGCUCUCAGCCUCCUCACCUCAGCUCCAUCCGCUCUCUCUCUCACUCACUCACACACACAUGCAAACUGCCCUGACACCAUCAACAUGCUGGCCGUUAUUAAACGCUACGCUGUGAUAGUGUCCACCGUGCUGCUGUGCUUAGUGCCAUCGGGCCACACGGGCAAAAAGGCAGUGAAGUGCCCUUCAUCCUGCAGCUGCUCCAAGGAGUCCAUCAUCUGCGUCGGCUCUUCAUAUGUACCGCGGAGCACACCGGGCGAUGUCAGCUCACUGAGCAUUGUGAAUGGGACCUUCUCUGAGGUCAGGGAGGCCAUGUUUGCACACAUGCCAUCUCUCCAGCUGCUAUUACUUAAUUCAAAUGCUCUUACCACAAUUAAAGAUGAUGCAUUCUCUGGCCUACCACAUCUUGAAUAUUUGUUUAUUGAAAACAAUAAGAUUGAGACUGCAUCGAAAUAUUCCUUUAGAGGGCUCAGGGACCUGACUCAUCUGUCUUUGGCGAACAACAAUAUCAAAGCCUUGCCAAGAGAUCUCUUCAGUGAUCUGGACUCGCUAAUAGAGCUAGACCUGAGAGGCAAUGCGUUCGAGUGUGACUGCCGUGCUAAAUGGCUGAUGACAUGGCUGAAGAACACCAAUGCCUCUGUGUCAGAUAUCCUGUGUGCUGGUCCAGAGGAGAUGAAGGGAAAAAGGCUCAAUGACAUGACAAGCCUCCAUGAUGAGUGCAUCUCCACAGAUUUCAUUCCACUCCAGUCUGUGACCACAGAGUCUCUUUCCGUGGACACGUUCUCCCACAAGAAUGAUGUCUAUGUGACCAUCGCUGCCCCUAAUAUAGAGAGCUGCAUGGUGCUUCAGUGGGACCACAUCGAAAUGAACUUCAGGAGUUAUGACAACAUUACUGGUCAGUCCAUUGUUGGCUGCAAGUCAGUGAUCAUCCAGAACCUAGUGUUUAUGAUUGUUGCCCAGCUGUUUGGUGGUUCUCACAUCUAUAAGUUUGAUGAAGACCAAAGUAAAUUCACCAAGUUUCAGGAUAUUGAAGUCUCCAAGAUCUCCAAGCCCAAUGACAUAGAGACCUUCCAAAUUGGUGAUGAAUGGUUCUUUAUCAUUGCUGACAGCUCUAAGGCUGGCCUUUCAACCCUCUAUAAGUGGAAUGGCAAAGGCUUCUACUCCUAUCAAUCGCUGCACGAGUGGUUCCGUGAUACUGAUGCAGAGUUUGUAAACCUGGAUGGCAAGGCUCACCUCAUUCUGGCCAGUCGUUCUCAAGUUCCAGUCAUCUACCAGUGGAACAAGGGUACACAGAAGUUUAUUCAGCAGGGUGAAAUCCCCAACAUGGAGGAUGUAGUUGCUGUCAAAGCAUUCUGGAUUAAAGAGGACCUGUAUCUGGCUAUGACGCGAUAUAUUGGGGACUCCAAAGUCCUUCACUGGACUGCCAAGCAUUUCUCUGAGGUUCAAGCCCUUCCUUCAAGAGGUUCCAUGAUCCUUCAGCCAUUUUCCUUUAAAGAUCGUUAUUAUCUAGCUUUAGGUAGUGACUACACAUUCUCACAGGUCUACCUGUGGAAUGCAGAGGACAAGGUUUUUGAGCGCUUUAAGGAGGUCUACAUUCAGGCCCCACGCUCUUUUACCGUAGUCUCAACAUACCGCAGGGACUUCAUCUUCGCUUCCAGCUUCAAGGGGAGCACUCAGAUAUUUGAGCACAUCAUUAUUGAUCUGAGCCUUUGAGGUCUUAUAGACAAUGUGUAAAAAAUGUUGAAUGGAAGCAUUUCAGCAUCCUACAAUGUCUUCCAUUUAAAAUGGGAUGUUUUCCAAGGAAGGGUUCAAAAUAAUGGCUGUGAGUUCGAAAUAAUUUGUAGUUUGUGGUUUUAUCAGGUAUGUAAUGUAAAUUCAUGUGCAUGGUAAUUCAUGCAUUUGUAUGAGGUUUUUUUUGUUUCUUUGCAAUUCAGCAUUUAGUCGUUUUUGUACAUCUUUAGCAGAGAUGUUUUUUGCACCCAGUUGAGAAAAUAAUACUCAUGGAGGGUACAUAGCUCUGAGCAGAGCUGCUCCUUUGUAGUCAAGUCAUUUGCAUUACUAACACUAACAUGGUCUUUAAGGACUUUCCAUUUCUCCAGCGAUCGUGCUGCGGCACCUGCAUGAUACUGUUGCAAAGAUGAUUUCAAUCCAGGCAUGCUGAAAAAUACAGAUGUUAAAAGAAAUACAGGUGACAAAGUCUAUAAUAGUAAAUAUCCCAGUAUCUGUCAUACUUGAUCCUUAAUUUAUAUAUUCUUGCACACAUUAUUUUGCUGAAUUUAAAACCUGAUUAUUUAAAACCAGUUACAUACUUUUUUUUACAUGCUAAAUGGUGAAAAGUAUAUGUAAGUGUGCAUAGUCAGCUAAAACUUAAAUCUGGUUUGUUGCAUCCUAGAUUCAAUCCUAUUUGGAAAACUUAUGAGUUUCAAAGAAAAUUCAAUUUACUUUGUAAAGCAAAACAGAAAAACACAAAAAAAUAGAUUUUUUUCUAUGUAAUCUAAACCAAUUUUCUGUUCAAUGUAUCAUUACAUUUCAACAUUGGCCAGUAAUAUUCAACACUCCAUUAUUCACCCAGCAUGUGGUCUCAAUCUGUCUAAAGGCAAAAUGUCAGAGUAGGCAUAGAAAAUGUCUCUAACUACUUGAACCCUCCCUGGUUAUUGAAAUUACUUGUAAAAAAAAAAAAAUACAGUUAAUGUAGUGUACGUUAGAUGCUGUUGAGAAAUAGAGAAGAUCUAGGGCAACAGCUUUUUGAUAAACACCCAUACGAUUCUUUGGAAUAUUAUAGCCACUUAGGUAGUACUAAAACAUUUUUUUUCCCAACUACAUGUCAUUCGAUUUGCACAAAUUUUAUUCUCUGUGGUUUUCUUAAAAUCUGGAGGUUAGAUCUGGACUGAUCACACAGUAUGUAGUAGGUUGGAACCAAAAAAUUAAAUAAUCCACAAAACAAAACAAAACAAAAGAAUUGUAUUGUGUUCAUCCCUAGUUUUCAGUUUAACACUCAGUUGUAGUGCUGAGUUUAUCCCCUAGAGGACAGUGUUAAUGCUUUUUCUAUUAAUUAUAUUUCUCAUUAACAACAGUUCUGACUGUAGUUAUUUUAAAAGAUAAGGAAUAUUAGGAUACGAUUCACCCUUUUGUUAUGUGAUUGUACAUUAAACAAGACGUGAUAUGUCUGAUACCAUUAGUGCUUGACUUCCUCCAGACUUCUGAAUGUUUUUUUCACAUGCAGAAACGUAACUGGUCACAUUAUGAUCUUUAUUACGAAUGUAAUUUCCAAAAUGAGAGACUUGCUGUAAUACCAGUGGAAUAAUUUUUAAUGAAAUACAAAAUAAAAGAACACCAACAAAAUUACAGGGAAAAUCUCUUAAAAGCACAAAGUUUUAAUCAUGCAUUUAUUUUCUUCUUGUAUACUUCUGGUCAUACUAUUCUGCCUUUUGGAUUUUAAUUGAUCAGUAUUGACCAUGUCGAUUGUUUAAUGUUGAGUUAUUUAUGUAUUGCUACUGAAUGUCAAACAUACUCAGAAAAUGAGUGUUUCAAAUCCAAAUCUUUUUAGCUUCCUACAAAAGUGGAUUUGAACACUGAAGACCCUUGAAAUAUUUGCAUAUUGUAAAAGCAUGCUUUUCAGAUUUGAAUGUACAACACGUUCAAUUUUCUGAUGCAAAAACUCCAAAAAAAAAAAAAAAACCCCAACAGCUUUCUGAUUACAAGUAGAUAAUUUCCUAGUUUCAUAGUUCCACUUUAACAGAAUAAAGAUGCUACAUUUAUUUUUCAGAAUAUAUAUAUACAUAUACGUUGUAUGUUUUUCCAUGUCAUUGAUUUCUGUGCUAAUUUCUGGAACAUAGC